AUGUUUGUCUUGGGUGGACGCCACCACUCUCACCAGUACUCUCACCAGUGCUCUCACCAGUACUCUCACCAGUACUCUCACCAGUGCUCUCACCAGUACUCUCACCACCGCUCUCACCAGUACUCUCACCAGUACUCUCACCAGUGCUCUCACCAGUGCUCUCACCACCGCUCUCACCACCACUCUCACCAGUACUCUCACCAGUACUCAGACCACUACUCUCACCGGUACUCUCACCACUACUCUCACCAGUACUCUCACCACCACUCUCACCAGUACUCUCACCACCACUCUCACCAGUACUCUCACCACUACUCUCACCAGUACUCUCACCAGUACUCUCACCAGUACUCAGACCACUACUCUCACCGGUACUCUCACCACUACUCUCACCAGUACUCUCACCACCACUCUCACCAGUACUCUCACCACCACUCUCACCAGUACUCUCACCACUACUCUCACCAGUACUCUCACCAGUACUCAGACCACUACUCUCACCGGUACUCUCACCACCACUCUCACCACCACUCUCACCAGUACUCUCACCACCACUCUCACCACCGCUCUCACCAGUACUCUCACCAGUGCUCUCACCAGUACUCUCACCAGUACUCUCACCACCGCUCUCACCACCACUCUCACCAGUGCUCUCACCAGUACUCAGACCACUACUCUCACCGGUACUCUCACCAGUACUCUCACCACAGCUCUCACCAGUACUCAGACCACUACUCUCACCAGUACUCUCAUCACCGCUCUCACCAGUACUCAGACCACUACUCUCACCGGUACUCUCACCACCGCUCUCACCACCACUCUCACCAGUACUCUCACCAGUACUCUCACCAGUACUCUUACCCCCGCUCUCACCACCGCUCUCACCACCACUCUCACCAGUACUCUCACCACCAGUACUCUCACCACCACUACUCUCACCACCACUACUCUCACCAGUGCUCUCACCACUACUCUCACCACCACUACUCUAACCACUACUCUCACCAGUGCUCUCACCACCACUACUCUAACCACUACUCUAACCACUACUCUCACCACUACUCUAACCAGUACUCUCACCACCACUACUCUAACCAGUACUCUCACCACUACUACUCUCACCACUACUCUAACCAGUACUCUCACCACCACUACUCUAACCUGUACUCUCACCACUUCUCUCGCCUGUCAUUACACUUGUUGCACAGGACUUGCCCGGCGCAGCACAAAUAG